AUGUCUUCACCGACACCGAUCGUUUAUUCUGCUGGCUCAAAUGCUCGUGGCCAGCUUGCGAGCGGAAACUGCGAUGACUUGCAUUCCUUCGACAUCUGUCAAUUUACUUCUGAGGAUCUUACAAACAGUAUCCAAGAUAUCGUCUCGAUUUCGGGUGGUGCGAAUCACACAGUCGUCCUCCUUCGAACCCAAUCAUUGGUCGAACUAUGGGGUUGUGGCGAUGGUGGUAAAGGACAGCUAGGCCCUUCAUACCAUCAAAACAUACUCGAAGAAUCUGCAAAGUCUCGGCUGCAACUCCUCGACAUACCUAGUCAACAUAGUGCGCUUCGGAAUGCAUCACCCCGACUCGUUGCUGCUGCUUGGGAAACAACUUACAUCGUAUUCACCACCUCGAGUGGAAACGAUGUACUUGUUUCACUUGGUGCGAAUGACUACGGGGACCUAGGGGUCGGAACUACAUCUGAUUCAAUCAACAUGAUCAGUUUCGCCGGCAUAUUUUCACCUCUUGACCUCGUCCGGCUGCGGAUUGAAGACCUGGCAACCGGGCCUCAUCACGUCAUUGUAUAUCUUCUCGCGACUCUAUCAGAUGGUUCUGAACGUAGGGUAGUUGCCGGUUGGGGCGCCGCCCGCCAUGGCCAACUGGGCGAAAUAAACGCGUCUGACGGAAAGAUACAACCUAUUCAGGCCACACCCCGUCUUAUUCUGGACUUGGGGGAAAUGGACCACGUAGCAUCCAUUGGAGUAGGCAAUCAGCAUUCGGUGAUCCUGCUGCGCUCUGGUCGGAUCCACGCCUUCGGCUCCGAUCGCAAAAACCAGCUUGCAGGAGUUCAGUCUCUUGUCAAUAUUCAGAGGGUUGUCUGUACAUGGAACAACACGUACGCCGUUCGUGCAGACAAGAUCCUCUCUGUAGGAAAUAACGCAAAGGGCCAGCUUGGACGCUUGACCCAUGAUCCAAACCUACCUGCGGCGGUUCAGUUAUCAGGGGGCGAGGUGAAGAACAUCGCAUGUGGGAGUGAACACGUACUGGUGUGGUUGGAGACUGGCGAUGGUUCAGAAGUUUGGGGCUGGGGAUGGAAUGAGCAUGGGAACAUUGGUAUCGGUUCCACCGACGAUGUCAUGUUCCCAGUCAAAAUAUGGCCUACAUCAAAAUUUGUGUCUGCUCAGGUGGUAGGGAUAUGGGCGGGUUGUGGCACCAGCUGGAUCGCUGUCAGAAAAUAA